AAGAUGCUUUUGGCUGGGAAAGAACAAAAGCAGAAGAGAGAAAAACUAAGCAUACUGUCAACCUUCAUAGCACCCUUCAAGUACCUGAGUCCUGGCCCUACCACCAUGGAGGAUGAAGACAAUUUAAGUACCAGCAGUGCAGAAGUAAAGGAAAAUCGAAACGUUGGCAACCUGGAGGAUCAUCCAAUUGCAUCUACUGAUAGGGCAAGAGGGGGAACAACUAGCAGUAAGAGGAAAAGACCCUUAGAGGAAGGCAAUAAUGGCCAUUUCUGCAAACUUCAGCUUAUCUGGAAGAAAGUUUCAUGGUCAGUGACGCCAAAGAACGCUCUGGUUCAGCUACACGAACUCAAACCAGGAUUACAAUACAAAAUGGUCUCCCAGACAGGUCCAGUGCACGCUCCAGUCUUUGCUGUUGCUGUGGAAGUAAACGGACUUACAUUCGAAGGCACAGGCCCUACAAAAAAGAAAGCCAAAAUGCGCGCGGCAGAGCUGGCUCUGAAGUCAUUCGUUCAGUUCCCCAAUGCCUGCCAAGCCCACUUCGCCAUGGGAAACUGCAUCAGCCCAUCCACGGACUUCACCUCCGACCAGGCCGACUUCCCAGACACUCUGUUCAAGGAGUUCGAACCGUCCACGCACAGCGAGGACUUCUCGGUGUACAGCCCCGUCAACAACGAGCUGCUCUCCACGGCCUACCGGCACGGGCGGCUGCUGUGCCACACGCUGGACCUGAUGGGCCCGGGCCGGCCGCGGGCGGCCAGGGCCGAGAGCGAGAAGAACCCGGUGGUGCUGCUCAACGAGCUGCGCUCCGGCCUGCGCUACGUCUGCCUCUCGGAGACGGUGGAGAAGCAGCACAUCAAGAGCUUUGUGAUGGCCGUGCGAGUGGACGGCAGAACGUUUGAAGGCUCGGGACGUAGCAAGAAGCUGGCCAAGGGUCAAGCGGCGCAGGCGGCCUUGCAGGCCCUCUUUAACAUUCGCCUGCCCAGCCACAUUCCCAGCAGGAGUAAAUGUCACCAUUUGCCACAGGAUUUUGCUGACUCCAUAUACCAAAUGGUUGCACAGAAGUUCCAGGAACUGACAAACAAUUUCACUUCCAUGCACGCACGCCACAAAACCCUUGCAGGCAUUGUGAUGACCAAAGGUUUGGACAUCAGGCAAGCUCAGGUUAUUGUGCUGUCAUCGGGUACCAAAUGUAUAAAUGGGGAAUACAUAAAUGACCAAGGGCUUGCGGUCAACGACUGCCAUGCAGAAAUUGUGGCAAGAAGGGCAUUUGUUCACUUCCUCUACUCACAGCUGGAGCUACACUUAAGCAAACGGCGAGAGGACUGGGAGCGAUCAAUCUUCGUGCGAUUAAAAGAAGGAGGCUACAGGCUGCGGGAGAACAUCCUGUUCCACCUGUACGUCAGCACUUCGCCCUGCGGAGACGCGCGCCUCAACUCCCCCUACGAAAUCACAACCGACUUGACCAGCAGCAAGCACAUAGUGAGGAAAUACCGCGGGCACCUGCGGACCAAGAUCGAGUCUGGGGAAGGGACCAUUCCCGUGCGGUGCCACAACGCCGCGCAGACGUGGGACGGCGUCCUGCUGGGAGAGCAGCUCAUCACCAUGUCCUGCACUGACAAAAUCGCCAGGUGGAACAUCCUUGGGCUCCAAGGAGCUCUCCUCAGCUCCUUCAUCGAACCCAUGUACUUGCACAGCAUCAUAGUGGGAAGCCUGUGCCACACUGGCCACCUUUCCCGGGUAAUGAGCCAUAGGAUAGAAGACAUUGGCCCUCUGCCAGCUUCGUACCGGCGCAAUCAGCUGCUUCUCAGUGGGGUGAGCCACGCCGGCGCUCGGCAGCCCGGGAAGUCGCCGGGGUUCAGCGUGAACUGGGUGCAGGGCAGCAGCGAGCUGGAGGUGCUCAACGCCAGCACGGGCAAGAGCAGCUGCGGGAGCCCCUCCCGCCUCUGCAAGCGCAUGUUCUUCACCCGCUGGGCACGGCUGCACGGCAAGCUGAGCACACGAGUACCAAGCCAUGGAGAGAUGCCAUCAGUGUACAGCGAGGCAAAGCUGGUGGCUCAGACGUACCAGUGUGUCAAGCAGCAGCUGUUUAAAGCAUUUCAGAAAGCUGGCCUGGGCACCUGGGUGAAGAAACCCCCAGAGCAAGAUCAGUUCCUACUAACUGUGUAAAUCACUCCACACCUUUUCUACACGACUGGAUCAAACCAACUGGAGAGAAGGCAAGGCAGGACGUAUGAGCAGAGAGAAUUAAAGCAGUUUGAGAUUUAAUAGCAACCUCCAUGGGAAUAUUUGCUUUUAAUCCUGUAUUGGAAAUACAUAAGUAGAAAUGUGUCUGAUGCACUGAACUCAACUUUAGAAAACUGCUUUUUCAUGACCCCUUCCCAAGAAUGUACCUGCCCAAAUUAUAAUGCCACCCUCACCAAGAUUCUGCUUUUUAUUGUUUAUUGCUGUUGGUUAUUACUGAUUUGAGGUGUUAGUGGGCCACCUGUCUGAUCCAAAAUAGACCUUUGUUUUCCCUCACACAAUCAGUGCAAAAUUUGUCACUGAAUAAUGGAAAAUAGGGAGCAGAGAUGGAAGUACCCCAGGCACACAGCAUGACAGCAGGUCUCAGAGCAUCCAUAAUCAUCCACCAAAAAAGGUUCCUAACCUCUAUGCAAAAAUCAUCCUGUAAACUGCCUAAAUCUGUCACAAAAAAUUUGGACCUCAAAGAAAUGAUGCAGCAUUUUUAAAGUGAUUUUUCCAAUACUGGCUGUGAGCAUAAAGCCAGGCAUCAGGAUGCCUUUGGUUUUUACAUUUAUUCCCUCUGACACCUUGGAUAAACCACUUCACAACAAAUCUUCAACUCUAGUCACAAUUUGCAUGCUGCAAAUUUUACUUGUCUGGGCCCAGUUCAUCCCAUAUGCCUUUCAGACACCAGCCAGGAUGCAGAUCCUUGUCAAGGGGUUGGGUCCCCCCUGUGCUGCCUGUGGAGGUGCACAGCUCUGCAGGGGCUGCCAGUGAGGACCAUGCUCCUGGCUCUGGAUCUUCAGGAAGCUACCUGAAGUCAGGCAGGCUGCAGCCAGGACCCAGAGCCUCAGAUCUCCAGUCUUCUGAUGACCCAUAGCUCUGAAUUAAGUGGGUGUGAGCUCAGGAUGCUCCAUGCAUCUGAACAAUCACAAGUAAGACAUCCCCAAACAAGAGAGCACAUUUCAAACUUGGCUCUUCCUUUCCUCAGUUUCUCCACCUGUCAAAUGGGGAUAAUAAUAAAUGCUUCACAUUUAAGGAACUUGGCAGGAUCAAAAUCCUCUGGUCACAUGCAACAGUGUAAGACAGAUUUUGUCACUCUUGCAGUGAGUUUUACCUCUCCACACAGUCCAAUUGACAAAAGCACAGCAGAUGCAACCACGGGUUUGGUAAGGUCUUAAUGCAUGAGCUUUCAGAUUCUAGCUCUGUGUAAAUGCCAAGUGUUAUUAUUAUUCUUCAUGCUCGUCUGCAGCCUGAAAAGCAGGUGGGGUUUUUCACUUCGGAGACAAGUAUCACCCAACAUUUAAAUAUUGUCUUCAUAACUGGGCUGGGUCUGAUACAAUCUCAUCUUUGAACCAUCCCAAACUUCAUCAGAAUGCAGAAGAUACAGUCAUGGGAGAACUGAGCUUUGAUAGUCCCACUGCAAAACCAACCUUCAAACACCCUGUACAUUUCUCUAAGUUUCUGGGUUUUUAGAUGACAGGAUUUGCGGGUAUAUAACUACUGUUUUCUUUUUAUUCCUGUGAUUCUCUUUAAAUCUGUAUAUAACAUGCUGCUACUGAUUUGUGAUAAUUGUCUUGGUAUUUUCUCAGAACUGUCAAGCUGAGUUACUUUUCAAACAACACAAGGCUCAUAUUUUUCCAUGUAAUUUCCUUUACACGGGAAACUGUUCCUAUCAAUAAAGAUAGAUGCUCUUUGUAUAGGGUUUAUCAUGUUUGGAGAGCCAUAUACAGUAAAUACAUUGUUUAUUGAUGCCCACAAUAGAAUAGCUACAGUAUUUUGAUGAGAUUUUAUUUUUAGAUUAUAAACUACAAGAUGUAUCUAUAGUGUCUUGUAUAAAAACAAUUGUGAUAAACUAGAAUUUUUAAAUUAGAUAAAACAAAGCUCUCCCCUUCCAGAAACCUUUUCAACAAAA